AUGAAGUUCAUCACUGAGAAUAUUAUUACUCCUCUCAGGAACAGGGCAGGACUACACAGACAGGUACUAAAAUCCAUCCUGUCUUAUCUCUGGGAUGUUUACUCUGCACCUUCACCUGCCGGCAGAGACAUCCUGACUCUGCUGUCUCUCUGUUUCACGCUCGCCAUCGUUACUGGCGGCAUGCUUCACCACUGGCUGUUCAAGACUCUGAGAUACGACCAUGAGGCAUCUGUCCAGACCGCCUGCAUCUACAGUGUGGCCAAUUUCCUGGUCUCGUUCCUGUGUCACCCUCUGCGCUGUGUGCUGACCAUGAUUCUGCCCACUGUCUGCACCAAACAGGGCCGUAAACUAAUCAUCUCAGCCUCUGUCAUGAUUUUACUGUUGAACGUCAUCCCUAAUAUUACCCUGAACGUCGGCGUGGUUGUGCGGAUCCUGAAGUGCACCGCUGAGGGUUUUACAAAGACUUUAUUAAACUCAUCUCAACCUUUGAAUCAUGCAAAACGAGAUCUUGUUGAAGAAACCAUCAAAGUGAAGAAGGAAGACUUGAGCAUUGUCACUACAUUAAGGAAGUUAGAUCAUUACACUCAUGUUGAUGUGUCAGAAGUCAAAAGCAGAUUUAGUAAGUUGCUUGGGCAGAUUGAAGUCAACUUCUCAUAUGCCAGAAACCUGCUGAAAGAAUACAAACUGCUGUCAAACCGGAUUCUCGCUGCCAUUUUUGUUGCCUUAUUAAUCUUCGAGUCUGCACGCUACUUGAAAUCAUAUCUGGCAUCAGUUCAAUUUGAUAAUCGCAACGUCACCAAAGAGCUCCUGCAAAAAACAACUCGUGCUGGCAACAAAGGCCGAGCUAAAAAUAUAAUUUGUCCCACAGGCUGUAAAAUAACUAGUCAGGAAUGCACCUUCUGUUUCAUAGACCUGGUGGUUGUGACAUUAUACUUCGUUGCAAUAACUUUAAUAGUAGCUUUGGAUCAUGUUGUGUAUCAUAUAGUUGAGAUGAUCGUGCCGUGGCUUCGAGACUUUCCGCCUACGUCUGCCAGCAUCAAUGUCAGUUAUAAGGUUCAGUGGUUUCCGCCUGCCUUUUGUAUUAUCCCACAAUCCUGCGUCACACAUGAGCUGACAAACUUCCAGAAGCAGUACAGGUGGACUUUCAGCCCCGAGCCUUCGCUGUGUGAUGUGACAACUUCAGCUCCAAACCUGGGUGUGACACUCCUACUGGGAUGUCUGUGGCUGAUGAGCUACUCUCUGGUGUUUCUUGAAGUGUAUGCCAGACGGCUACGCAGAAAAAUCUCUGCAUCCUUUUUCAAAGAGCAGGAGGAGAGGAGAACGGCUUACUUGAUGAGGAAAAUACAAGCAAAGCAGAAUAGAAAGGAGCACAAAGGGACUUUGCCUGUUGAGGUUGCCUGUCGGUGA